AUGUCUACUCAAGGAACAAAAGAACAAGCUACAAAAUGCUUUACAGACCUAUUCCCCAUUCUCACCGAAGAAUUUUUGAAGGAAGCUCGUGCUAGAAAUUUUCCUGAAGAAUCUAAUUUUUAUCAUAAUGUUCCCGGAGGAAAAAUGAAUAGAGGAUUAUCGGUUGUUGAUACACUCAAAAUAUUAAAGAAUGAUCAAUUGACCGAAGAAGAACUUUUUAAGUCUCGAGUUUUGGGAUGGUGCGUCGAGUUUCUCCAAGCGUACUUUCUCGUUUCCGAUGACAUCAUGGAUGCAUCGAUCACACGUCGUGGAAAUCCAUGUUGGUACAAAAUGGAAGGUGUUGGUAUGAUUGCGAUUAAUGACGCAUUCAUAUUGAAGUCUGCUAUUUAUUUUUUUUUGAAAAAGUAUUUUCGCCAAGAGCCAUAUUACAUUGAUUUGGUUGAAUUGUUUCAUGAGAUCACAUUAGAAACUGAAUUCGGACAGCUUUUGGAUUUAAUAACUGCACCCGAAGACAAUGUUGAUUUGAAUAGAUUUUCAAUUGAAAAAUACCACCUCAUUGUACUCUAUAAAACGGCUUUUUAUUCAUUUUACCUUCCAGUUGCGCUUGCAAUGCACAUGGCUGGAAUUAAAAAGGAACUGGCCUUCCAGCAGGCAAAGAAAAUUUUGUUACCAUUGGGCGAAUAUUUUCAAAUUCAAGAUGAUUACCUUGAUUGCUACGGAGACCCACAAGUUAUUGGAAAGAUCGGAACUGAUAUCCAAGAUAAUAAAUGUUCUUGGUUAAUGAAUAAAGCAUUAACAAAAGUAUCUCCUGAACAACGUAAAUUAUUAGAUGAAAAUUAUGGAAAGAAAAAUCCAGAUAAUGUUGCCAUUAUUAAACAAAUUUAUAAGGAACUAGAACUUGAGAAAUUAUAUAAAGAAUAUGAGGAACAAUCUUAUAAAAAAUUAAACGAUUGUAUUUCACAAUUAGAUGAUUCUCUUGUUAAACGUAAAGUAUUUAUUACUUUUAUGAAUAAGAUUUAUAAAAGAACUAAAUAG